ACAGUGUGUCAGAAGGGCCACAGGGACAGGGUGCACCAGGAACCUCCAUCGUACCCAAAGACACAAACACACACACACACACACACACACACACACCUGGUGUUUUAGCCCAGGUGGACUGAGUUGGCUUCAUUUGAGUCCACAUCUGGAUCCGCAGACAGAAGAUAAAAUAACCCCAGGAGAGGAGGAGGAGAAGAAGUCAUGACUGGAAGGAGGAAAACCAGUUUCUCCGGUGUGUUCAUCGCAACUCUGCUGGCUGUGAUUCUGCUGCCUGCAUUCUUGUCUGCUGGACCAAUUGGGCAAAAGCCUAAAGGAGAUGCGGGGGAAAGUAUCCAGGAGAGGGCAGCUGCUGGAGAGUUACACAGGAGGCUGAUCCGCAAUCGCAGGAAUAUCAGCUGGUACAAACAGAACUCUGACUUCUGGGGCUGGUACAAGUACUUCACUGACAACGGCAACCAGGAGGCAGUUCAGGAGAUGGACCGCAUUUACCUGGCCUACCUCCAGAACAAGAACCGUGCUGAGGGACGUCGCUCCUACAAGGCCUACUUGCGCCACCUGGGGGAGAUCUACAAGUCCUGUGCCGAUUCUGAUGACCCCAACUGCGUUUCUUCCCAAACCAGCAGGCCCAUACCUAAGCCAGAGGCCCCCAAACCUAAGCCUGUGAAAACUUGUGACCCCACCAAGGACACCUACUGCCUGUAUGCUGCUUUGGUCCAGGGCAAGAGCCCCUACCUGCCCCUGGUGCUCCCGGCUGAGACCCCCGCCCCGGCACCAUCGAAGGCCCCAGCCCCUCUGUACACCCGCUCUGCUGCUCCAGCGAAAGACCCGCAGUCAGGGUAUUACUACUAUGCUCCAUCCGCAGUGUCUUUCCUUUCCAAGGAGCAGAAGGCCGAGCUGCUGCGUAUCUGCGCCUCUGAUGACGUGGAGUGUCUGCAGUACCACCUGAGAGCGGCCCACGGGUAUGGACCCUCCGCCGGACCCCUGCCUUCCUACGCCCACCUCGGCUGUGACCCCAAGAAAGACCCCAACUGCAAACCCAAACUUGUGCAGAAAGCCCCCUCUGGUCUCUACCUGCAGUAUCCCAACUGUGAUCCACUCCGGGAUCCCCUCUGUGCCCACGCUGCCUCCCUUGUGGCGGCCCGUGCCCCUAACCCUCCUGCCCCUGCUGGCCCUGGAUCCUGCAACCCUCUUUAUGAAGAAGGCUGCAACCCUCUUACUGCCACUCGAUUUGCCACUCCCCCUGAGGCAUACAAAAAUGAGGAAAAAGAUGAGGCUGCUGCUAUUCGUGCUGCUCCCCCUGCUGAGCAGAACACCGACCCCUAUGCCAUGUUUAGGGAUGCUUAUGCUAAUGCUAACAGAGUCACUGAUCCCUAUGCUAUGUACCGCCAGGCUAGUGCCCCCGUUUCUCCUCCAGCCAAUGACCCAUAUGCCAUUCUGCGCCAAUUCAUGGCCCAUGCUCAAGGUAACAACCCAUAUGCUGCUCCGCGCAUGCAGGCUACUCCAGAGUCCAACCCCAAUGAUCCUUUCUCUGCAAUCCGUGAGGCGGCAGCCGCAAUGCAUCGCCACGGCCCUCCCACCCCUAGGCAGCAGUUCCCUUUUUCCAAUCCCAAUCAUGAAGAGCCUGCUCAGGAGGAGCACCACCCUCUGGGCCCCCCAGGUAAAACCAAGGAGGGCUAUGACUGCUUCAUAGGCUACGAUCGUGAAUGCUACCCUGUGAAGCCCAACGAGCCUCGUUCUGGAGUUCACCGCCGCAUCCCCUACCCGGCCGAGGCGUACGAGCCCCACCUGAAUGCAGAUGGCACCCGAAACGGAGUCCUGGAGCCUUCCAACCCACACUGUGACCCUGAGUACGACCGUGACUGCCGCCUGCGCCGCUAUGAGCAUCAGCCCGAGCCCCAGCCUGAGUAUCACGCAGAGGAGGACCACAACCAGGGGGCAGCAGAGAGCGAGCAGCAGCCGGAGCAGCAGGAGCAGGAGCAGUAUGAGACAGAGCCCUACCAGAGUGGCCAGGAGGAGCCUCACAUGUCCUACCAGCCACUGUCACAGGGUAUGCCCAGCCUCCAGGACAUACUGAGGCGCUACGGAGACCAGUACCCUGAGCAGGAUGAUCACAGAGCCUACACAGGCGAUUACCGCAACAAAUAACAUGCCAACACACGCACACGCACACACACACACACACACACACACACACACACACACACACACACACACACACGCAUGCAGAUGGACAUGAAUACACAAUCCCAUGAGUUCUUGUAGCUUAGUCAUUGACCGCCUCACGCAGCGCUCAGUCCUACCUGGACCAGAUAUGGGACACGAGAGAAGUUUAUGGACCCAAUGAGCGAGUAUGCACGCUCAGAAAGCCGAGGGUGUUCCAGCAAUGUUUUCAUCUCUUUAGCUGCUUUAGAACUGUUGCUUUGGCCUAUUGCUUUCCAAUUUCCACUUCCUCAAACCACCCGAAUGUGUAAUGACUUCUCAAUGCUCAGCUUUGCUUCUGUAUGCAUCUCUCCAAAAAUUGUUUUUUAGAUUUGUUCGUUACCUUUUUUCAGUGAUGGAUUAUGUAAAGUUUUUUUCAUUUUGAAUGUUCUAAUAAAAAGCUCUUGAAAGCUG